UACAGAUUGGAAUAUCUUUACUCAUUAUUUUAUAUGUUGAACUUAGUACCAGCUAUAGUUAGUUGCUAUGACGGACUCGAGAUGUUUGGUGAAGUUAACUAGCAACGAGACCGCGGACGAAAAUAUGAAGAUGAAAUACUUUCGAGCGGUGCAGGAGGCCGAACUAUGGAAGCAGAGGUAUUAUGAGGUAACGAAUGAAAAAGUCGCGCAGCUACGAAAUAUUGAAUCAAGUUUAAUGGUUUUGGAAGCAAAGUUACAAGCAGAGAGAAGAGACAUUGAAAAAAGAUUGCAUAAGCAAUAUCGAACAAUAAAAGAACAAAAGAGAAAAAUUGCAAAAUUAACAACAGCAAAUCAGAAGCUCUUAACAGGGAUGAUGAAAUUAAGUCAAAAUUCGAUGAUUAGUUCAAAAUCAACGUCUGAUGCGUCAUACCAAAGUCACGCACCACCGAAUUAUAAAUCAGUCAACCGUGUCGAAUCUCAACCAAUCAUGAGGCCGAGCUGUAAAUCGGAAUUUUCACCGGCCCACCGAAGCGUGAAAUUCGAAGACAAUUUAUUACGUCAUAAAGGAAAUUCGAAAACUCAUCGCUCGAAAAGUUUGCCCAUGAACAAAUGCGUAGUUCGCCAUACCACAACGUGUUAGCACACGAUAAACAUAAUGACACCUUACUUUAUGACCAUGUAUUGACAUGCCCGUUCAAAUAUAUAGUAUAGGGUGGGGAAAGAUGGGACACUUUUUCAAUCAAUUUUAUCGUCCCAUUUGUGAGUUGUGAGAACAAAAAAACAUUGAGGGAAUUAUAAAACUAUAUUCUCACGACUCCCAUAAACCGUUGUUAAUUGUUUAAAACACAAUCAGAAAAUUAGGAUAUUAUGUACCGAAGGUGUCCCGUCUUCUCCCACUGUACUAUUAUGUUAACAUACUCGCAUUGGAAAGUCGGGCAGUUUAGUAAUGCUGAAUACUGCAUAGUACUGUGGGGUAAGAUGGAAUACUGUUUGCACAUAAUAUCCCAUAUUUCCUGACCGUGUUUUCAACAAUUUACUACGCACUUUUAGACCUGUAAAUAAUCUGUGUUUACUAUUUAAUGGGACGAGUAUAGAGAAAAAUCAUAUCCCAUGUUGCCCCACCCUACUAUAUGUGGUUACAGAAGUAAAACAGGGGCUUCACUAAUGUAUGUUGCUAAACAUAAAAUGCAGUUUCUCUGCCCUACUUCAAUGUAACGACUAAUACCAUGUCCUUUUUCUUUUAAAAUUACUUAUAAUGAGAUUAUAUACGCUGCACUUCGUCUUAUUGCUCUUUUAUAAAUGUUGUUCGUGUCUUAAAUAAAUGAAAAAAAG